UGCCGUCAGGAAUUGCGGUAGUCGCGAUAUCGUUAGAUGGAAAGAAUAUUCACGACGAAACGACGUCUUGCGCGUCGAACGUGGGCUCAACUCUGAUGCUCGCUUUCUAUAUACAUGAACAACACACACCGAUAGAUGUAUCUCGCAGGUAGGAGGAUGAGGAUGAUGAGGAUCACUGUCCUAGAAGUAUCAAAAUGGAAGGAAUCGACGGCGUCGAAGCCUUCGGGGCAGUAUGGCUCCUUGGAUCGUCUCGAACGUCGAGGCUAUUCGCGGGCUAAAACGGAGUUCGUUCCAUGCCCGUGGAACGAACGAACGAAGGAGAAAGAAAACCUCGGAAGAAAAGGGACGGGGGGCUAAGUAGAGGAGAAGAGAGGAACUACUCUUCUCCUUAAGAAGUAGAGAGGAAGAUGGAAAGAACGGGGGCCUUACAUAGCGAUUGCUGGCAGGGCCUGAAAUAGACUUGAAGAAUCCCCCGUAGCAUCCUCACCUCUCUUUCUUCGCCUCCUCCACCACCACCGGCACCUCCUUCUUAUCCUCCUCCUCCUCCUCCUCCUCCUCAUCCUCAUCCUCCUUAUACUUCUUCUAGUUCUUCUUCUUCUUCUUCUUCUUCUUCUUCUUCUUCUUCUCCUUCUUCUUCUUCUUCGUUCAACGAGAAGCGUUGCCUACAGCUCUCUCGAGAGUCUUCCUUUUCUUUACUUUUAUUUUCGCAAAAAAGGACCAAGAAUCCCUCUCGGCUUGGCUGUGAGAAGUUGUUCCUAGCAUCUCGUUCACGCAGAUAGGGCCAACACGAGGGAGAAACGGAGACGAACAAGACGAAGGAGGUGGUGGAGGAUCGCUUGUUUAUCCAGGAUCGAGCUUCUGCUUUCGUUUCACCCACCGAUAUAUGGCCACGAACAGAAACCCCCGUAGGCAUUGCCAGACCUAAGUGCACUCCACGGCACAACGACUGCAUUCCCAUGGGAAUACGUCGCCGAGACUCCGACCUGUUAAACUGACCUGCGCCAAUGCACCAGCGCAGCGUGACCCACGCAACCGAGCUACAGGGUCGAACAUACUAGAUUUGAGUUUAGCCGCCUGACUUAUCCCCUGGUGGACAGUCACCAGAUUAUUUUCUCCUUUUGCUUCGUCGAGUGUGUCGAAACAGAUAGGCCAGAAUAACUCGAUUGUUAACAAAUCGUGCGAUCGUAAUAAACCGGAACCUCGUGGAUGGGAACGUGUUGCGAUCAGGCAGACACACCGUGGUAAUUUUGCAACGAGAAUAGAGCACACGAGAACUGUUGCGAUGGAUUUAUGUAAAAUAUAAUGAUAGCUUAAAAUAACAACCCCCGAUAUUUUAUAAUAAUAGAGUACUCUAAGAGUAGGGAGCACGAGAAUAGUCGGUAGAACUCUAAAACUAAACGGGAGAUAUUUUAAGGAUCCGUAUAAUUCUAACUGCUCGCUCGUGUAAUUACUCGCCUCUGUUUACGAUCGACCUGACAUUGGCCUCCCGUAAUAAAGCAUACCUUCGGCAAUUCCGUUCCAUGACGCUCCUACCUGACGCAACCGUGUCGAAUCUUUAAAUAGACGAUACGCGGCUCGUUAUAAACGAAGCGAAAUCGACUCGUGUAUCGUUUAACAUAGAAAUCGCGGUGCUUUCGUGCGAGCCACGGAGACAACGAGAAGAGGAACGCGGAUCGAAAGAGACACGGUGGGUCUCGGAUGUCACGCGAGUUCCUUUUUGCUGGACUGGUCGCACACCGCGUAACAGAAAUAACACGUCGCGUAUAAUGAUCAUCGAUCCAGAGACGUUACAGGAUAUCGAAUCGAUCGGAUACGGUCUGGACAAAGAGCGACUAAAAAACGAAGACAAAGUAGAGGUAGUAGCUAAAGAAGAUAAAAGAAAGACGAAGGAGAGGAAGAAGAAGAAGAAGAAAAUUGUCUCGUCGGGAUUUUGCACUGCUUGUUGGUUCUCCGGUACCGGUUGCGUAUCGUAAUCGAAGUAACUGGGCCUCAGUGGCGCGCGGUCGUUUCGACGCGAGAAAAGCAUACAAUACAUACAGCACGUAUUCCAGAAGCAAGUGAUCUCUCGUGCGAGAGAAGACGCGGCGGUCAGAAAUGAAGCCUACCUUGAGACAAGAGCCUUUUUGCUGCCGCUGAGAAUACGCUGAUGCCGCGAGCGUGGAUCCACGACGAAAGCAACGCUGGGCAAGAAAUCUCUCGGCCAGACGAGAUACGACUUCACUGUGUUAAGGGGUUAAUAUCGGUCCGGUACAUUAAGAUGGGCAUCGUUCUCAUAAGAGUUCUCGAACGUUUCAUUCGUAUCUACGCGCCGUGGUAUCGUAAUGGUUAGUCGCAGCGGAGGCCGAGCGCGUAGAUCGAAAUAAUUAAUGUGGCGCGAGCGCGUUCGCGAAACGUGUGGACGCUUUUAAAAUGGAAUCCUCCUCUAUCCUCGUGACCGUAGACGUUGAAGAUACUUCCCUUAAUGGGGCCCGGUCAAUGCCGGCGGAGAAAAAACUAAGCACGGAAAGACCGAAGAAUAAGAAUAGACGGCGCCAAAGGCUUAACAAGGGAACCGGUUCAAAACCUCCUGCGCCAGUGUACUCCGACUUUCAUGGAGAUUCCACCGAGUCACUGCGACCACCGUGCGCAAUAUAUCGAACGCGUGUAUGAUUCCCGUAAUACCUGGCAGGUUACAAUUGCAAUCGUGCGCUAGCCUUGUCCACCAAUUAGCAUCCUACGUCAUAUCUCGAUGCUGUUUAUAUAUAAUUUUGUUUAUAUAUAACUCGAUAGAUAGACGUUGAAUCGAACGUCUGUCCUAUGGAACAUCGAAAGAGGGGAAAACGAAAAAGGUAUUUCCAACGAGGAAACGUUGCCAACUGACGUUCUCAAGGUUCUCGCAAGCCGUGAUUUACAUCCACGAUAUCCAAGUUGACUGGAAUGGUAAUAUCGUUAACGCAUCCCGAUCGUCGACAUCGUUCACGAUGGGAAACAGUGAUUUUGAGGGAUGGUAUGUGGCGCGUUCUCGCGAACCACGCUCAGAAAUGAAGUCUACCUUGAGGUCGGUGUCUUUUUGCGCCAGCUCGUCGAUACAAUUCCAUUCAGGACGAUGAACAUCGUGAAGUGACGCUAAAGCGAAAUUCCAUCCGCUACGACUACCAACGUAAAACAAACUAUACGAUGGGACAACGUUAUUAAUAGCGUCCACCGUCGAACCAUCUUCCCGCUGUCUGUUAGACAGCUUCACGCCUCGUUCUCCUCCGUUUCCUUAACAAUCCAGGCUUCGCUACUUCGUUCGCAGGCUCUCCGAUCUCGUAGCGAUUCGAUCUCGUUUCAAUUCUUUCACUUUCGUUUCGUUUACGCUCCACCUACGACCUACAGACACACGUUGAAACAGAAAAGAAAAUACAAUCGCGCGUUGCGCGUUAGUUGGAUCGACGUUCGUUAGAGAUCGAUAUCGAACCAACCAUCGAUAAUUUCCACACCGCCAAAACACUCACAGAUCUUCGUACCAUAAAGCGAGAACGAGCGAGAAUCUACAUUUGAUGCGUUGGUGGGCUAAAAAGUUCGGUCGACGGAGCAAAGUUCGUGAGAGAAGAAACGCAUGAGAGAGCGAAGCCGUGUCAAUGAACGCAUCGCAUCAUCCUCUCUAACCCUCCGGCACCGACAUCUAUUGUGGUACCUCGUAUUUUUUUCUGACCUUGUCACCUCGCAGGCUUUUUGCGCGGCCAAGUCGAUUACAUUUCGGAUCGGUUCGUAUCCCCCGUCGACGUCUCGAGCUAUCCCGCUCUCUCGUGCCCGCUCGUCCCUUCGUGGGCUCCGCUCGUCCUGCUCUAGGUUAGCCAGUGAAUCAUCUUCAACGACCCCCUCCUCUGGGAUCCGGGCAGAAGACUCUUAAGGGGCCCCACAGCGCAGCGCGAGGCCAGUCCGAGAACGCGACCCUAACACUAACAUCCGGUGUAUUCCGAGAGUCGGAAACGGAAACGGCUGCUUGAUCGAUUAAUCGACACACGCCACCAUGAAGAUCGCUCUACUGUUGCUGCUCGUCGCGGCCUUCGCCUCAGCUCAAAGGAUCACAACGAUCCAGUUAGACGGUGUGCAAUACUUCGUGUCAAGGAUGAAUCCCUACAGUCCCGAACUGAAUUACUUCUUGGCCUACCAGUACUGUCGUUCAUUGGGCUUGCAGUUGGCCUCUUUCGAGACUAAGGAAAAAGCAGACACGAUGACGCAGUACUUGAAAAACGCCGGCUACGUUAAAUACGAUUUCUGGACAUCCGGCAACAAGUUGGGCACGGACAUGUUCCUCUGGAUGAGCACAGGUCUUCCGUUCAAUGCCACCUUCGACUACAUGUUGAGGCGACCUGGCAACAGACCCGCUGACGUUCCACCCGGCACCGAACCUCAACGAGUGGCACGCGAAAGCGGUGACAGCGGCAGCGCGGACGGAUGCGUCGCGAUGGCAGCGCCUACGUUAGCAUGGGAGGCCCAGGACUGCACCUUGGUGAAAGACUUCAUCUGCGAGCAAACAAGAUGCUACUACUACAACUACGGCAGCAUUCCAGUCUCUGCGACUCAGGGAAAUCGCAGACCCUACAUAACAACCACCUCGGCGCCAGCCAGCGACGACCAGGUCGACGAGCAUGAGGAAAGCAACGCCAGCAAGAACGACGAGCAGAAUGAGAGCAGCAUCGACGAGAAGUUAACACCGGAAGAAGAGAGCUCUGUCGACGAGAAAUUACCUGAAGACCCGGUCGUUAGCAGGCUGAUUACCACGGCCGUUCCCGCGUCUGACAAGCAACAGCAACCCGCCUUAUCACCGUCCACGUCUUCGCCAGUAAUCACCGAGGAUCACGAACAACCUACUAACGCUGAACUGGACAACACCAGGCCGGAUCAUCUUCCUGACAUCACGAGCCUCUUUACCGACACUCCAGGUCCACAGGCCAGAAAAGACAGCGUAUUCGAUGGUCUUAAGACUCGCGAAGUUCAUCGUUCUUCCUUACGUUCGGCCUCCGACAUGAAAGUCGAACAUCGAGAGUCACCGGAUUAUUUCGAGAUGCAUGGCGAAACCGAGUCGCCAAAUAACGGUUUAGAAGACGCACACACGGUCGGUCCAUACGACAGCGUCCAAGAUUACUACGUGAACGACCAACCAGAGGCGGCUGAAUCGUCGAUGAUGAAGGAUCAAGACGACGACAGCAGCACGAUCCUGCCAGAGGCGGAACCGGCCUACAGGUACAACAUCAAAGUGCGCACCAACGGCAAAGUAUUAGACCCUCCGUCCAAGUAACGCUUUACAAUUUAGGCAUCGUCGCGUUGUUCGUUAAUAAGUGAAGAGCAUAGGAGAUUCUCGAGGAACUAGAUGUAUUAAUGUACGUUAUUUUAAUGUUUAUACAGCGGACAUCAGGCACGCGUACACGCGUGCGGUCGAGCGAUCCCAUCGCGAUCACGAUGGGGCCGGUCGUUGCCAUUCAUCGCUCAUCCAUUCGUUCUGAUUUCAAUGAAAUUUCCGGUUAGCGCUCGUCGGAUUCUUUCACGCCGUUCGCAAUCGUCGGGCUCUUUAGAUCGACAGAAGGAAAACUUUCGAAAUCAGGUUUCGUCUUAAACAGAGAUGUCUUGAUACCGUUGAAUGAAGUUUCAAGAAUGUUUUGGUUUGCUUUGAAACUUAAGCUAAGUUAACAGUUAAUUUGCUCGAAUACAUACGUAAAUUUGGAAGCGAGUCUUUUCCUUCUGGCGUCGAUCUCCGACGAUAGCCGACAUCGUUCUCGCAAGGGCAUUCAUUCCAACAUUUCAAUUCGAUCCUUAAUCAGUGGCACCGGCGGACAUAUUGCAUCCGCGUGACAGGAUCGGUCGCGCUCGAUUCUUCUCUAUCUCUUCAGCAGUCUUUUUUUAUCGGAUCACGUAUCCAUUUAGCGCUAUUUGACUCGUAGACAUGGUAGAUGAUAAUAAACACGAACGUGAGGACUCAUCUGCGUGGGAUCUCAGGCAUUAAGCUGGUACAGGAGGAAACGCACGGUGAACUACAUUAUCGUUGUUCUUAAGGCUAACCGAAUCAUCAUUGGUGUAGGGUUGGGAGUCCGCCCGUGCCACGAAUCUUCAUGCAUAUCGAUGUGUUAAUUAAGUUAACGUUAAGUUAACGUUAUUCGUACGUCUGCAAGAUGAAACGUUUCGUAGCCGAUCGGUUUGACCCGGAUUUUCUCCCUGAUAACGGUAACGAACGUCGAUCUUGAUCGUAAUUUUAACGUUCGAACUAAAAUCAGAGUAUUCAGGGUCUCGAAUGAUGCUAAAUGGAAAAAGGUUACUCGAGGAACACGUACGAAUCGCAACGUUUCGGUCAUCCAGACAUAUGACAAUCGGCAUACGCGUAGAUCAACAUUCACGAGAUGAUUUUUCUUACUGCUACGAUAGGUCAUCGACGCAUGGAUCUUGAAUAUCAUUGCGUAAACACGGCGCGAAUGUGCAACUUGUGUAAUUGAAUAUUAAUAAAGGUACGAAACACA